UUUCAACCUGGCAGGUGAUCUGACGGAAGAAUACUGUAACUCAGUUUCGUGUUAGCCCAGCAAGCAACUCCUUCAAAGUUCAACUAGCGUAAUAUAGAGCCAGGCAAUUUCUGGGAAAGCAGGAAUACUUACUCUGGAUUAAGGGAGAACAUUUCAGAGUGGAUAUGUUGCUCUUCGCCUUUGUCUUCCUCUCUGUUUCAGCCACAGGCCUACAUGCCUUUUCGGUUGAUACUGGUAAUCCGGCACUGAAGGUGAAGGAGAAUGAGGGAGUUGACAUGAAAUGUGGCUACAGUGCUGAUUUUGGAGCAACACCCAGAGUAGAAUGGAAGUUCAAGGAUCUCAAGGGCUCACAGUCAUUUGUCUACUUUGAUGGCAAACCAACUACUCAAUAUGAAGGUCGUAUCACUAUAUAUAAUCAAGGACUGAGGUUUAACAAGGUGACACGAGCAGAUACUGGAGAUUAUACCUGUGAGGUGUCCGGCAAGGAUGGAUAUGCUGAAAACUCCAUCAAGCUAACAGUCCUUGUGCCUCCUUCCAAGCCCAUAUCCAGAAUCCCAUCAUCAGUGACAACAGGCAGUAAUGUCCUCCUGACAUGCAAUGACCCGGUCGGCUCACCCCCACCCACCUACAAGUGGUACAAAGACAAUGCUCCCCUCCCUGAUGAUCCGAGCAAGUUCCCUACUUUCAGGAACCUCACCUACAAGAUGAAUAUUUUUAAUGGUAACCUGGAGUUCCCUAGUGUGUCUAAGAUGGAUACUGGUAAAUACUCCUGUGAGGCCAAUAAUGGAGAAGGCAUCCCUCAGCGUGGUGACACAGUGCUUAUGGAUGUCCGUGAUCUAAAUGUUGGUGGCAUCGUUGCUGGGGUUAUUGUGGCUUUGCUGGCGGUAGUGUUGCUCCUCUUUGGACUCUGGUAUGCCAAUAAGAAGGGAUAUCUACCAAGUAAGUUCUCGUUCAUGGAGCCAAAAACAACUGUUUAUACACAGCCGAGAACAGAAGAUGUGGAUGAUCAGGAUGGGGAAUUCAGACAGAAAUCAUCCUUCGUGGUGUAGCCUGGACUGCUCUAGAGGAAAUAUGAAGAUUUGUUGCCUAGAUCAAUUUAUCAUUUUUUUAUUUUUUUUUUCUAUUUAAGUUAAUAGGAAUCAGGAUUAAUUUGUACAAAAAGAGUGUGAUUUGUUUUUUGUUUUUUAUGUGUUUCCCUGCUCUGUCUACCACUAUGGUUGACCUGAAAAUGUAUCCAAAAGUUGUAAAUCAGCCAUGGCAAUUGUGUGUUAGAUGUUGGCUGAACUUGCAUAUUUUUGGAAUCUUAAAUAUUAUUUCUCUGUUUUCUAGAAAUGUGCAAGAUAAUUUACUGAAUUUUAAAUAAUCAGUAUGUUGAAAACAGGCCUAAAAAUUUGCUCUUGAGUUUAUGCAGUUGUUUAGUUGGAUAUACAGUAGAUGAAUGUGUGUGUGUGUGUGUGUGUGUGCAAGCCUAUUUUUACAUGACACUGCACUGUGAUAUUAAAACCCAUGGGGGAAAGAACCAUUCAGGAAAUAAUCCCCCUUCAUAUACCGUAAACUUUUGAUGCACAUUGUAUUUAAAUGAUAUGUUGUUUGUUUACUUCACUGGUAAUAUUUUCAUGGUAGCAUAAAUUUUGACUAUAUUUUUGUGUGUGUGUGUUUUAUACCUCAUGAAAUGUAAAUAACUUUUCCCCCUCUUUUAUUGGGAUUUUAAAGGAUUUUAAAUGAUAUUUGAUCAUGUUUCAUUGACCUCAGCCUCACUGAAUUUCUCAUCGGAUAACAAAUUUAUCACAGUGACAUCUUGUAUGAUUGUAGUUUUAAUGUUUGACUUGAUACUUUUCUUCUAAUAAAUUACAGAAUGCAAUUUAAACAA